AUGGCUGAACAAAUCUACGUUCCGUUGACUCAUGAAUGGAGUGCCGACAUGUGGGACUGGCCGCUUCAAAACGACAGCGUGGUCAAGGUGAUAAACACGAGUGAUCUGUUUGAGGUGGCUCUAGAUGCGCCGUUCUUCACCCCCAAAGAAAUCGAGGUCAAAGUGCUGGGUAACGAAUUGAUCAUCCACUGUGCUCACGAACAGCGCAAAGACGAAUUCGGUUACAUCGUUCGCGAGAUCCACCGCUGCUACAAGCUGCCGUUAGACAUCGAUACAAAGUCGCUCAAGUCGCACUUGACCCCAAAGGGCAUACUCAUCAUUUCUGCACUGAAGAAAAAGCCCACAUAA